CCCGGCGGGGAGUGGCCGGGCCGGGGCCGCUUUCCGCCGGGUGCGGGCCGGGGUCGGGCGGGAUGUGGCGGCCGCAGCCCCGGCCGGGCGGGACCCACGGGCGGCGCGGCGGGGACGCGGCGGGCCCAGGUGAUCACCAGCAAUUGAUGCCGGUGGGCUCUCUUCGUAAAAAGAAGCUGGCAAGAAGACCUGGAUACAUGAGGCCAGAAGCUCAGCGACAGAUGGAGUUCCAGUCCCCGGGUUCCUGUGCGGGGUGCAGCCCAGCAGAGCUCCAGCAGCACUGUGGAGGCACCGAGGGCUGUGCUCUGCACAGACAGUGCCAAAAUGACUUGGAAUUCCUGCGCUGUAGUGCUGUAGCUCCUGCUCAUGGGGUGACAGCCUUGGCCGCUACUGGAAAUGCUCCAGGAUGCUGUGAAAAUCUUUCUUAUUGUAAUGGUCCACAGUCAGAAAGCAUAGGGACAGGGGUCUGCCCUGCUGCCACAACAGGCAAAGGAGAUGCUUCUGCUGUGUGCUGCCGCAGCAGCAAAGUGAGCAAGCCCCCAAACAUGUGUGCUUUGGAUCAGACAGAAGUGAAUAACAACUGUGAAUAUCGAAACAGAGGUAGUAUUUCUCAUUCUGCUGGUGCACAGGAUAGCUUUAGAUCAAGUUUCAGUUUCAUACAGCUCUCUCUGAACUCGGCCUCUGGAGUAAAUGAUGUGGAAGGCAAAUCUAUUGAGGAAGAUGAGAUUGCUCUGCAUCCCAAAACCACAGGCAAUCUGCAGAAGCCAGAAGAGAUGGCACAAACUCAUGAGCACUUGGGAGAUUUGUGUUGCUCCUCCAGAUCCAGUGAAGAUUGGCAGCAUGAACAUGAGAGCCCAGUAAAUGAUAAAUUACAGGAUUGUGAGACUGUCUCUCUCUUGGAUAUAGAUGCAACAUUUUCAUAUUCUACAGAUUCCUCGGAUGCAGCAUCUGCUGGCUCUUCUGUCACCUCAGGCUACGAAAGUAGCUUUACUGUCAGUGACCAUAACUGGGAUACUUUGAUGAAAAAAUAUGAACCAGUGCUACAGGAUUGCUUGCUCGGCAACCGCAGUACUUUAAAGUUAAAAUCCUUGAUCUUACGGCUUCAGAGGCUUCAGGAAAAAGCAAUAGAGGAAGAUGACUAUGAUAGAGCUGAUAAAUUUAGACGGAAACUGGAAGAACUGGAGAAGGAGAAAAAUUCUUUAAAAUUUCAGCUUCCUUCAAGGCAUCCCUCUGUUAGCAGUUUUUUGGAUAGGUUCAUGACCCAAGUUCAGGCAACAUUGCACUGGGCUGCUGAUAAUUGGGUUAGACAUGAAGAAAAUGGUCUUUGUCAUGAAAAAGAGCUCAGACUUUUGAGAUCAACUUCCCAGGAGAGGACGCAGGUUUCGGCCACAAAACGAAACCAUCUUUUUCAAGAAAAGAAGCGAUUACAGAAAGAAAUUGAAGGACUUCGAACAAGACUGGCCAUAUUAGAAGGAAAAGAUCAACAGCUGAGAAGAGAAAUUGAAGAACAAGAUAGGCUUAUUCAGUCACAGGACUGUGAACUGGCUGCUUUACUUGGGUGCAUUUCUUUGAGAGAGUUGCAGGAAAUAAGCAAGGCUGUGGACGACACUUUAGCAUCCUCCUAUCGUAUUCCAUUCAGUUUAGAUCUUCCAGGAGCAAUAAAGAGCCUUCAGGAGAAAGAACAGUUGUUCAGCAUGUCCAUUAAAGAAACUACUGCCAAAGUUUGCACGAGUCAGAAACUCUGCAGUACUUUGAGGAGGAAAGUGAAUGAUAUUGAGACUCAACUACCAGCUCUACUUGAAGCCAAAAUGCUGGCUGUUUCAGGAAGUAAUUUUGGCACUGCAAAGGAUCUUGCAGAAGAAAUAAGAUCAUUAACAUCUGAGAAAGAGGGACUAGAAGGACUUCUCAAUGAACUGUUGGUUCUGAGUGCCAGAAAUACACGAAAAUUAGAGAGAAUUAAAGAUGAUUACACCAGACUGAAACAAGAACUUGAACAAGGAGAGACUGCCUUUGAUUUGAUGGUGCUGUGCUUGUGUUCCCAUACAGAGGAACAUGUAGUCCUUAUACAGAAGCAGUGGAUGUGUCUGGUUGUGACAAUAGGAACAUUUUUAGUAUAAAAAACCAAAUGUUUAGUGCAUACAUAUAUAACACAUUUGGUGGUGGGUCUGAAUGUAUAAGGUGCAAGAGAUUCCUGAUUCUGAAAGCAAGAGUUUUCAUAGUAAAUUUGUGUUUGAGGGGGAGUUUAAACAACUUGCCAAGUGCUGCUCUCACACAACUAUGAGCAGUGUGCUUGGGUUGUAGUGUCAUGGUGGAACUGGGGAGGCUGUCUGCAAUUACUGGGAAAGCUACUGACAAAUUAUCAAACAGCAAAGUCCUUCCUAGACUCGACUUACUCUCUUGCCUGCUGUACUCAUGCCUGAAGUUGAAGCAGAUAAAAUGGCCUUGCUGCUUGCUUAAAUGAAAAGGCUCAGUGAUAUUUGAUUGUCUACAAAUGUACAGUUACUGUAAUUAUCUCUGAACUAAAUACAAUCCUGAGAGCUACUUUAAAACUUUAGGAUUUUGAAAUGGCUUUCCUUUUUCAGGAUCUUACGAGCAGUAGGUUGGGUGGAGACAGGAAGGUGCCUUUGUUUUAGAAGCAUAUGAAUUUUCUUCAUAGGCAAGUGGAUAAGCAGAGCUAUCUUAGAAACAAAAAGAUUUGUAGGCAGCUGGAUACAUCUAAGACAAUGUUUUAAAAAUGCAAAGAAUAAUAUAUAUAUACACACACUUCUAGAUAAGGACUUGCUUUUCUAGAAUAUAGAUAAAAUUAAAAAAAUGGUUCCUCAAAUUUAGUGCAUUGUGAUACAAACCCAGAAAUGCACAUCAGGCAAUGCAUCUUCUUUCCUUGGAUUUUCAAGAGAGUUGAAAAGAUUCUGACCUUCUAAUCAGCCCAUUUUUUUUCUCUUUUAUUUUAGGACAAUAAACUUCCUAUAAUAUACAUGUACAUUUUCAUUUGUGUUUCAGUUUAGCAGGGUUUUAAAUCAAGUCUGUGCAAGAUGCUUGCUGAAGCAAAAGAAAUGUUAUAAGUUCAUAGAUUCUUUUCUUCCCUUUUGCAUUUAUACGCCUGAAAGGAGAUACCUUCUUUACCUGACCUCUAGUGUCCCACAAUGAAGAAUUGUGUUUCCUGGGCUGGGGUCCACUCCGGCUAGCUGUAGACCCUUGCCCACAUGAUACUUCAUAGACAAAGGUAAAAGAUUGACAAGCGCUCUCCUCCACAUGGGAAACGUUGUCCUUUAUUCCAAGACGUACAUCAGGCAGACAAACCCGUGGGAGAAAGAGAGCGUUCCCUGGCAGCAGGGAGCUUUUAUACCCCCCGGGAUGGAGACAGAGGGAGAGGUCCACAGCCAUUGAGAUACCAGCGAGGAGUGGCUAGAGGAGGGGUAACCCAGGGGAGAGACCACCAGUGGGUACCGGGACAGGUGAGGGAAAGACCUUGUGAUGGGGAAAUGGGGUAACAAACCACAUAAUAUAACAUAAGCUAUACAGUGUAAUACAAAACUAUUCUGUGCAAAUUCCCAAUCACCCAGUGCAAGAGAACAGCUAAACUGGUGCACCACACCACAAUUUGCGACAAUAAAUUUCAAAAUACUGGGUAGAUUCAAAAUAUUUUGAAUACUUCAAAAGUAUUCAAAGUACUCUGUAGAUUUUCUUUUAAUUUACUGCAAUUCUGUAGGCAUAAGGAUAAAUUUAUCGUUGUGUUAAAAUACCGUCAAGCAGAUGCUAGUCAGAGAUACAGGAAUUGAAACCUGACAUCUUCCCUUUUUGUCCUCCCUGCCUCCUUUACAUGUGAUCAACCCUAUUUUCUCCUUUAAAGAAUGAAAAUAUUUGAGAACACUGGCAUGAGUUUGAUACCAACACAUUUAAUUGAAUGUAAGCUUCCAGAUACUCUCUGGAAAACAGUAUGCAGAUGGUGUCUUGAGGAAAAGAGGCUACCUUUAUGGAACAGUGUUAUUUUGCACAGCACUUGUAUGUUUAGAGAGUAAAGCAUAAAGAAUUGGAAUGCAAUUUUGUUGCUGUUUGGUUUUGCUGUUUGAAAAAAAUGGAGAUAAUUGUGUUGGCUUUGUCUGCACUGUGAAAGGUGUGAUUUGAGUUAGGGUAGCUGACCUGACUUACAUCACACCCUUAGGCCUGGUCUUUUAUUUAUGCCAAUAAAAUCUGUGUUGCUGCAGAGAAAGGUAGUUCUGCCUUUUCUUCUGUGUUCCUGCCCAACCCAUGCACUAGGUUAGGGUUAGGUCCUAUACAUGUCUAUUUCUGUGUCAUCUGGCACUUGAAUUGUUGUUUUGUGCCUGUGAGCUUCUUGAAAACUUAGAUUAU